AGUGACCCUUGCUAUUGACCGCGGAUGAUGUAGCAUAGGCGAGAGGUAGUUCUUUGUAGACCCCCUAGUUUUAUUUGCUUGUCCGGCAUUAGCAUUACAACUUCCUGGUGCACGACGGAGCCAGGCGGGUGCCAGGAGCAUGGACUACUUGGGACAGCACCUAUAAGCACCUAGUACAGUUCUUACCGCAGGUAUGGAGAGAAAAAAGUUUGUCACAGUCACUAACUUGCAGGUUUUGCAUUACAAAUUUUCUCAGCAUCACAAACUUUCCUUGUAUUGCAGAAACACUAGGGAAAUCCCUAAUAAAGUUUGGCUGUGAUGCAUUUUUACGCAUGACAAACAAUUUUUAUUUUGUAUUGCAAGAAUGCGCAUGAGUGAUCGUGACGAACUUUUUUUCUUCGAUAGCAGGAUGCGGUACUGUAGUGUGCGAAGAAAAAUAUAAGAUUAUAAUCGGCGCACAAGUGCCACUUGCGCUUCGCUCACCAACAGCAUUGUCGUGUAUCCAUACUACAACAUUCAUAGAUAUUCACGCCUAGUACCUGCCUUCACAUAGUAGUUUUUCCUAGAGUUCUUGAGAUUAGAGUAUUCUAUCUUCUAUGGGCCGCUGCACCAAGAAGCCUAAGGAAGAGAUCAGAUUAGUUACCCGCCAAGAAGCUUCAUUUAUUUGCGUUCUCUCAACAGUGUAAGUACUUCGCCCGCCUCUACGUUUCUUGAUGUUCCUUCCACCAUUUUUUUUCCCAAAUGUUGAGCCUUUUCCUACCCGAAGAAAAGCCAAAAAGCUUCUUCGAACAGUUUCUUGACAAUUUUGACUAUUUUUUUGCAAAAGAGGAACCAGAGCUGUCCGUUUCUUCCAUUUUUUCUUCCUUUUUCUCAGGAAAAGAAACUGUAAGGUUGUACUAUCAACCAGUAGAAGACGCAAGACAAAGACUUGACAUAACUUUCGCGUUCUACCUCGCUCUCAUUUCCGCAGCCGUAAUUUUUCUCGCGCUCAACAAGAUGAGUGCGCCGGAUCUGAAAAAGUUCAUCCGUGACGGCAAGAAGCUGCUCGUCCACAAGAAGCGCAGGCAGAGUGCGACUGCUGGCGAAGGCAGUCUAUUGCUAGAGAAUGAGAUUUUCGCCUCCGAAGAACACGAUCUUGAAACCCCCCUAGGGCUAGAGGAGCGCGCCCCGUUUGGGAAGAGACGGCGGACCGUUGCCUGCAAGCUAGACUUCGUGGAUAUUAACGGCGCUUUGGCCGGUGGAAAUGCGAAGCCCGCUGGACUAGGCGACAAGCAGUACGGAACCACCGGAUCGUCGCUCCUGCUUGAUAAAGACAAUCGCGGUUUUUCCGAAGUUUCCACCCGCGCGGGGUCCUCUUCCGUAUUCACCGGAACGAGCAUCCGCAGUACGAUGCCAUUGGAUGGUACGGAGUUUUUGGAAGACGAGGACCUUCUCUUCAACGUCUCCGGGGAACAAGUUUUCGUCAAAAGACGAAAAUCUGUCUUACAGGAAGCGAUUCUGGAGAACGAUCAGCUGUUACUUCAGCUUUGCAAAUUUCUCACCGUGAAGGACAUUGGCAGACUGACGAUCGCGGACAGGAGUAGUUGUAAAACAGGAGCUGGUAGUACUGGGGGUUUUUAUCUUCAUGAUGGAGGUGGUGAACAGCAAACGUCAUCGACUCAACAUCUUCCUAUGCAGCUGCAGAUGCAGCGGAUCUUCAACAAUGACGACAUUUUUUCCAAGUACCUCUGGACCGAAUUAUCAAGUGCAAAAAUGUCUGGGUCGGGAGGAAUACAAACUUGUGAUGCGCAUUUCAGAACACAGAAGAAUCUCUCAUGCAUAGGCAGCAAAAGUUGCCCACUUUUUGUUACCAAAAUCAGGGAUUUGUCAUGCGGAUUCGGCAUUGCGAACGCUUUUCGAAACCUGUGAUGCUAGAGCUUCCAGGCCAGACCUUCUGCGUCAUGCAAAAACAGCAUGACUCUUCCAGACCCAGACAUUUUUGCAUUUGAUGCGAAUUACUGAAGCGCGAUUGCGGGGACCACGACUACCUCUAUUACUUGCCGCGAAAGUAUCCACAGUACAGUCAUUUUUCCCAUGCAAUUACACGUGCACGUACAUAAUCACACACAAAUGCGGUUCCUGCAUGACAAGACUUGCCUUCGAUCCUAGUCAGCAUGACAAGUGGCAUGCUUUGAGUUGUGCCGAAAUUUGUCAUGCGUUUUGUAAGUGUGCGGGAAAUUUGUAUUGCAUAAGAAACACGUAGUAGCCGAAAUUUCCCCGAAAACACCGGAGGAGGAGUCAGACUCUGAUGACUCAGAUUCCAACAGCCGGAACGAUGGUGCGAGUAGCGGUGGUCGACGGAAUAGCAAUAACCGGGUCGUCUAUGGGGACGAUAGUGACGAUGACUCCGAUAAUAUGAUGGUGGACGACGACGACGACGAUGAUGAUCAGGACGGAUCUUUAAACCGGUUUCGCCAGCAGGUCCAGCGAUUGUUGCUGAUCCGCGGUGGCGGGGGGAAUUUUGUGCUGCAGAGGGCACCUGCGGGAGGUGGUACUUCUGCUGCUCACUAUGCUCCUGUGGCGGGUAUGGCGGCUGCGGGUCAAGUGGGAGGUGCUCCUGCUGCGGGUCCCAAUGCUCCUAAUGCAUCUACUACUUCUGCAGAUAAUGAUAAUCAUCUCGCACAGCAAGAAGCUCCUGCUCCAACGGGUAGCACCGGUGGAUCUAGUUCCACUGUUGUAAACCGGCAAGCGCGACCGCCAGCGAGCGACGAGUCGAAUGGGAAUAAUGAUGAUCAAAAUAUUAACGAAUCUACUACGUCCACUGUAGUCAACAUUCGGCCGCCUGGAAAUAACACCUUCCGUUCAGGCUUGUUCAAUACUCCCGCGUCGAACUGGGUCAGGAUGUUGGAGCAAACUCUGGAACAACAAAUGCCCAGCAUCAACGCCAGCGCGCCCUUGCCGUCAACAGCUUCGUUGGCUGCACGAGAAGACAUAGCGGAUGAAGGAACACGAACAGGCGCUACUGAUGCUCUCAACAUGCGGCCGGAACAGCCUUCGGAAGAAGUAGGGGAAGAAGAAGCUGCUCCGAUGCGCGGCCCGGAAGCAGCAGUAGUACGUGGUCCUACAAAUAGUAACCCUUCGCAGUUGCAAGAAUCCUCCUCAAACCACGAUCAUGACACCGCCAGUGGCGAUGCGGCUUUGUCGCAGUAUUUGGCGGCGGCGCAGUAUCUGGCCGCGAGUCACGAUAUGGAACAGGGGGCAACUACGAGUACUUCAGCAGGUCUUUUUUCAGGGGCCACUACAGGAGGAUCAUCUGGUGCUAGAGCUGCACUACAACCGCAGCAACGGGGGCAACCAGCGGCUUCAUCUUCCAGCAGCAGCAGUUCCAAUGCUGGAAUGCCAUUGUCCACUGCUCAGCCCACUCUACUUCCGCGUGAACGCUCAAACUUAACAAUCGGCAACAACAGCGCAAGCGACGACUCCCUGGCCGCCGCCGCUGCUGCACAGGAGCCCGAGGAGAUUAUUGACCAGAUCUUAGUGGAUCUCCAAACCACCGCCGGGACGGGGGAUGUUGGCACUACCACUCUGGACGAUUUGGACAUUGAGGACUGCGUGAAAUCUAAUUCCAACGCCGCGAAAAGGAGGAAGCUUGACUUCGUGGAGCCUCCGGUUGUUGUAGAGGGACCAUCGGCAAGCAAGCCGGUCGAAAAUAAACCAAUCACUUUAUCCCCGCCGCAGAUCCACGAGAUUUACCGGCACAACAAAUCUAUCAUCAACGGCAACAAGAUGGAGUUUUUCAAGAUCGAAAAAAACCAGAAUUUUCACCCGCGAGAGGGCCACGCGCUGUGCCAGGGUUUUGACGGGCGGAAGCUGUUCGCCUGGUCGGGCUUUACCCCCGCGGCGGAGCUGAUGAUUGCCGAUCCGCCGUUUCAGGUGGAAAAACUCAAUGGACAGCCGAAAGUCAAGCAUUUGAAGUGGAAACGCGUGCCGAUUUUGAACCGGUCGGAGCAGAUUUUGCAUUUGUUUUUGCAACACGGGAAAGAAACGUUGGAGAAAGUCAAUAUGGAAGUGGAAUUGACACUGAACCGCACGGCCAAUGAGAACGACAAAAACGUGCUCAAUUACCCACCCAGGAUGCAUUACGGUCAUUCGAUGGUCACACUUGUGGAGGAGAACUUCGGCAGUUACGGCGCACAUCAGAAGACGAUUUCAUCGACAGGCUCUUGUGAUGCAGAGAACCUAACACAAACACAAACUGCUUCCACGCCUACUGCUGGUGCUGGCCAGCAACACAACUUUGGCGUGAAAAUUCCGCACGAGAUUAACGCGUUCCACGUGAACGCUUUCUACGGAAUCAACGGGUUGCAGCAGGAGAAGGGAAUUUUUCUCCACCGCAAGUGCGAGAUUCUCGUCUAUGGCGGGUUUUUAUCCGGCGGGUAUUGCAACGCCAGCAUGGACGUGUUUCUACUCACGGUCGGGGAAUUUCUGGUGCCGAAAGAAGGUGGUGGGACAAACAGCGCCAAAACAAAAAGCAGCCCGAAGGGCGCUCCUGCGGGUGGAGCUGCUGCACAAGGAGCUGCUACUUCUUCAAGCGGCGCGGCUGCGUCAUCCAACAAGCUAUUUUCACAGCAAGAACAACAACAUCAGGCCUAUUCCAAGCAGUACCGGGUGCGGUGGGAGCAGAAAGCGCUGGCGCAAAAUAACAACACACCGGUGGGAAGGUCGUACCAUUCCUGCACGGUGUUGCCCAUUAGUGUGUCGAACCAGUUGAGACCCAGGCUGUUCCGGAAUGUCCUUGAGGGAACAUCAAAUACUGGAACUGCAAAUAGUGGCACAAGCGCUGCUGGUACGAGAAGCAGUGGUGGUGGAAUGGCCCCGCAAAGCCCAUCAAUCGCUGCCCGAAUUUUGAACCCACCUUCUAGCAAUGGCGCGAUUGGAGCUGCUGCUACCUCGUCAGCUACCGGUUCUUCGGCAGGAGCGGCCGCAUCCGGUGGUCCUGGUCCUAUUGUAGCAUCCAAGCGCCCCCUGGUCGUUUUUUUCGGAGGGAUUACAGAUGGGGGAAAUUCAUCGGAGUUGUGUUUCCUGUGCACGGAAACUUGGAAAUGGGCGCCGAUUAACACGGCGGUUUUGACGCAGCUGUUUUAUUCGACGCAAAAUUUGCUGUCCGGAAUGACGAGAUUCUCUGGAAUGAUGAACAACGAUGAACCAGGCGCCAAUAACCCAACUGGUGCCCGUUUCCAAUUUGGCUUUACGGGUCGGGCGCCAACCCAGCGGAAUUUCAACGAGAUUGUGAUGGACUUGGAGGAUUCCGAAAUAGAAAUUCUACCGGAUCAGGCGGACGAUGACGACAUCUCGUUUUCUUCAGACGGUAUGUUGGAUACUUCUAGCAGCGAGUCGAGCAGCUCGAGUAGUUCAUCCGAAUCUUCGUCGGAUGAAGAUGGGGACGACAACUCGAUCAGCGAAGUUUCUUCAGAGGACCGCGACGACAAGAUGAACAAUAACGCCAACGACAACGAGUUGAGAGGACCCCAACAAGACGAAAGCCACAUCCUGCACGGGCAGUUAGUGAACGCUGAUGACUCCUUAUGAGAGUGCACAACUCCCCCUCCCCCUCAUUUGUAAUGCAAAAUACCAAAUCCACCCUUUGCCUCUUGGCACUUUUUGCAUGACAAGUUCUGGCAGCCCAAAUAGCACUACACUCCUGUGCAAAUUUGUGAUGCAAAACCUGCAUUCUUGGCAAGAAUGCAGGUUUUGCAUCACAAGUUUGCACGUCCAUGCUAUGUCAGCAAGUUGCUGACACUUGAUUGCCGUUCAUGCUAUACAAAUGAGGGUGAGCGGGAGUAGUACACUGUCAUACUCCUUGAUGACACAAUUGACUGACUCGGUCACGUUUCGGGAGGAAUACCGAAAGCAGGGAAUAUCAAACAGCAGGAAUUACAUAAGUAAAGGGAAGAACAACAAAAGUGGCGCUACUUCUGCAACUGGUACUUCCGGCGAGCAGAAUGCCACGAAGAUUCUCGCGGUGUCGCAAAAACGGUUCAAGCACAAGAAGAAGUUGAAAGGGUCCGAGCAUAGUAAUUUGCGGCACACCAGGCAAUUCCUCCUGGACAACGGACGGGGGAUUGUCGACAACAAUUUCUCCGAAACCAGCUCGAUUUCCUCCGCUGGGGAGGAAGAGGAGGAAAACGAAAUCGGGAAGCAGAUCCGGGAAUGGAAACUACCGAAACAGAUUCUACCAAUGGCGGAACUCGAGUCACCACUCGGUGUGAGAAACUCGAAGAUGAAAUUGGAGAACGAUAUUCUGCAGAGCAGGACCACGUCUCGCGAGUUCAUCGACGCACCUUUGUUGCUGCGGCAGUCGCAGCGCGAAGCGCACGAAAGAGGGAUUACAUCUUCGAAUGCAGCGGCAAGAGCUGCUUCCAGGAGCGGUACUGCAGCUGGCAGGACGACAGGAGGACCACUACUACAUCAAGCGCCGUCCUCCUCCUCCCAGAACUCAGCGUUGGUUUUAGGUCCCGCCCCGAGAAAUCGCACGGCCAGUCGGGUUAGGGUGAUUACGGAUAAUGUUUCUGCUGCUGGUGCAACAUCAAGUGCAGCUAGGGCGGGUGGACCAGGUGCCAGAGGAACUGCAAAUAACGUUCAGACAGCACAAGGACAAAAUAGCGCUCAGCAAGUGCGCCCAACGAGGGUGUUACCGCCGCCACGAAGAGUUGUACAGCAGCAUGGUCGCAGGAACAGGCAUAGGGACAGAGCAAAUGGCACGACCGGUACUACUGGUACCACUACGACCGGUGUGCGGCACAACGUGCGCAGCCAUUUGUUUCCGCAUACUGGAGCAGCUGCUGCUGCAAGUGGGCUGACAAUUACAAGCGGUACUGGUACGACGACAUCAAACCGCCCGCGACAGGUCACUAUCAGCAACGAGACCCGCGCGUUAAUUCAGGGCUCUGUCGUCCACGUUGGCGCUGCGCGGAACUCUAGCGAAAUUAUAGCUGGUGGUGCAGCUGGGGCUGGCGCACCAGGUGUUGGUCCUGGCACUUCUUCUCAACAUGCAGUUAUCCCCUCCCAGGAGCAGUUGCAGCGGUGGUCGCUUUGGCCGCCGGCGCGGUUUGGCCACACGAUGUUUUUCGAUACAAAACGGUGCUCACUGUUCCUCUUCGGCGGCGGGACUGGUCGGGACUUACUGCGGUCUGGCGACGACCCGUUUGGACGCGUGGUUUGGGAAUUCCACUUGCGCCCCUUGUGCUUGUUGAAUUUGAACACAAAUGCAAGGAAUCUAACCCCCGCGUACUUCUGGACAAGGCACUCCUACCCGCGGCCGACACCGCCAGUCACCGCGGUGUCUGCGACUGGGGUAGUGCACGGGCAGCAACAAUCGUCGUUACCCCCCGGGCAUGUGAACUUGCAGGAAGGACAAGCUGGGACGUCGUCCUCGCGUGUGGGCGGUGGUGCAUCAACACAAAUUCCGCCACCGGUAAACCCGGAAACGCAGGAGAUCAUGAACAGGAGACAAGGACCGUUUUCCCAACUCAUCGGCGCCAUGAGCCAUGUCAUGAUGCGCAUGCCGAGCCGGGAAAGUCGCGGCGGCGGCGGGGGUAGUUCCAGCACAGCGAACAGGAACAACAGUACAACGCCAGGGACAGUGUUGAGCAGACUCAGUUUGCGCCGAGAGACGGAUAGCAACGACUUGGUGGCUGCUAGUGCUAACUCGGGAAGAAGUGGAAAUGGUGGACAACAACAAGAAGCUCCUGCGAGCACGGGCAGUUCCAGCUCGCCGCCGCAGCAGUUCGCGCAAGCGGAUGGAACCGCUGUUGGUCCUCCUGUUGCUCCACCAACGAGCAGUAGUUCUAGUAGUUCUGCUGCGGUACACGUACAAGUGACGAGACAACCCCCGGCCGGAAGUCCGCCACCGCCGCCGCCCGCGGUGGUCGCUGGUGAUGCACCUUCAGUCGGUGAAACAGCUGCUGAUCAAGGUACUGGUGUAUUGAACACGGUGAACAUCGGGCGUACGCCGAGGGCGGAAGGCCGAGACUUGCUAGAGGAAGACAACGAUGUUAGUAUGACACCUCGAAGAGAAGACGAAGCUGAUAGUGGUAUUAGUCCGCAAGGACACGAUCCAGCAGUACAAGUUGAACAGCAAAUUAUCGACGACACCGCCGUGUCCGUCGUGGAUAUUGAAGCUGAUGUCCCGAAUCAUUCCCCGCCGCAAACACCGCCGGAGGACAGCGCAAGACCGGUAGUUAUGAUCGGUCCUGUAAACAACCUCGAUAGAAGGCCGUCUUUCACGUAUGAGAUAGUUCGGGAUGAUGAGCCACAACCUGCUGUCAACAGCUCCUACCCUUUUCAGGAAGACGAUGAAGAUGAUUUCGAAUACCCAGACAUUGAGUACCCAGAGAAUAUGACGAUCACGCCGAGGAGGAACGAACUCUCCGCUAGAAUUGAGCCAAACGCCAACGGAGCAGCCUCUUCUUCUUCCGCCUCCUCCUCUAGCAACGCUGGCCCCCGUCCCGCGAGCCGAGACAGCUCCGCUAGGAUUCGCGCGUUGUUUGAAACUCAGGGGGACAGUCAGGAAGAAAGUGACAAUAUGAUCGGGUUUUCCUCCUCUGACUCUGACGAAGACGCGGAAGACCGGUCGGAUGGGCCGCGGGGAGGGGGGCAACUGCUGGUGGGCGGUACAACACUGAAUAAUGGGCGUUCUGCAAGACAAGUUGGCGGUUCUGGUCGUGCUGCAACUGGAACUACUGCUGUUGUCUCCUCUACCAGACCGUUCCUUGGCCCGUUUCUGGCGAACCGGCGAGACGACCGCGAGCCCACAGAACUAUCAACUGCUAAGAUGUCUGGGUCUGGAAAGGUGGAUGAACUUGUGAUGCUGCUUCUGGAUUCCAAAAAAAUCUGUAUUGCCUGUCGAGCAGCAAGAAAUGUCUAGUUUUGGUUCUUGUGCGGACGGGACAUUCCUCAUGCGGGAUAGGCAUUUGUGAUGGUAGGGAAUACAUCACAGACAUCGCGGGUUAUGUACGAUCUGCAUGACAAAUCAUUCUUCCAGAGGACCCAGACAUAUUUGCGAUGCAUAGGAACAAGAGCUAGACGAGUGGGAAGCGGAACUGGAUGAGCGGGAGCGGCGGGUGGAAGCGCACGAACGGGCAUUGAUGGAACUGGAACAGGCUUUAUGACAGUGUACAACACCCCCUCCUCCUCAUUUGUAUAGCAUGGACAGCAAUGGAAACACCAACACACGUGGGGCCUACGCAUGACAAAUUUGCGCACCUCAUGGAGUACUGUUUGGGCUUCCGGAAUUUCUUGUCAUGCAAACAAUGCCACCGAAAACAGCGACUGGAUUUGGCGCUUUGCAUGACAAAUGAGGCGGAGGGGGGUUUGUGCACUCUCAUAGGCUCUCUCUAGCGCGGGACCACAGGAGAACCAGGAGCGGCGACGGACGAUAGGAACAUCAACUGCGGCACGACAGGAAACAAUUACAUCUCAGCCUGUAGUUGUGCAGAGUGGUGCAGCUGCAGCCAGAAGCGGAGAGCGGGGACAAGUCUCAGCGUUGCAACAGUCGGCAACAAGCGUCACGUCGGUGGUGCCAUUGUCAGCCCUACUGGAUGAUGCGAGAAAUACCAUGUUAGCAUCUAGAUCUACUGCAGGAGCUGCACGUAGUGCUGGUCAACAACAACAAGCGACGUCCAGUUCAUCUGCCUUACCAGCCGUCGCAGACACGAGUAAUGGCGGAAUGGUGAAUUCGGGUGCAACUGCAAGUCGUGGUGGUACUCUUGGCGCAGCAGGAAUUUCCACUUCUCCUACCAAUCCUGCUCCCCCACUACAGCAAAACCAGCCCGAUAUCCAAGGAAAAAACUGUGUUAGUGUAACUUUCUUGGAGGAAUAGCAUCACAAGUUUGCUCUGCAUGACAGAGAGAGUCUGUCAUGCGCGGCUAGUACGUGAAAACACGUACGGAAAGAGCCUCUGAUGCAUGUCCAGCAUGACAAGUGUAACUGUUUUGCAUUGUCUGCAUCACAGACUUACACUUACACAGUUUUUUUCUUGCAGACCCGACCAAAUCCUGCUCGGCCGGUGCCACAUGGCGUGCCAGAUCGGCCCGACAAUUGUGUUUUUCGGAGGUGGUAUGAACUGCAAAAGUAUCAUACUCGUAGUAUUGCAAUACAAAUUAGCUCAGCAUGAGAAAUGGAAUUUGUCAUGCUGAUUUAGCUUGAAAAAGAAAUCUGUCUUGCAUGACUGCGAUUAGUACGAGUGCGAUACUUUUGCACAGGAUAGGUGGCAGGCGGGCGGCGAACGAGUUGUUGUGCUUCAACUUGUAUCAAAUGUAAAAGUGUCUGGGUCUGGAAGAAUGCAACUUGUCAUGCUAAAUCUGAAUCAGGCAAAAAACUGUGUUGCAUGAUUGCCACAGAUUGUGCACUGUUGACCUAAUCGAGAGGCAGUUUCUCAUGCAGGAUAGGCAUUGGAAAGGUUUCGCAGAAUCUGUCAUGCUAUGUCCUGCAUACCAGACCUCAUGGGUUAUGGAAAACCUGCAUGGCAAACCUCGCAAUCUUCCAGACCCAGACAUUUUUGCAAUCCAUAACUUGGACAGCUUGACCUGGAAGAAGCCCCUGCUCGUGGAUAACAGCACAGCAUUCUCGUCGACUAGCGGGACCAGCAAUAAAAAUAAUUCAAAGGAGAAUGAUGUGAUAAAACCGGAAAAAACACUAGAAUGCGUCAUGUCUGGCGCAGCGGUUGCGGUCCGUGACACGAUGUACGUCGUCGGCGGUUGGGUUGGCAACCAAGGAUCAACGACGGACGCCUUUGCGCUGCGGUUUCAGGAGUUGUGAGCGGAAGGAAUUUGCGAUGCUACUUCUGGUAUAGAGGAGUAUGAAUGGACUUUAAAACCGCGAGUCAUUUUUUUUUGGUAGAAGUAGACCUCUUGCUUUUUUUGAUUCACAAUUUAUCGGUCAUAGCAAGCACAAGUUUCAAGAAAUAGAUUUCUGGUUUUGAGAAGUUUUUCAAACUGACCGAAUUAGCGCGGAAAAGAAACAUCGCAUUUAUAAUGACAGCAACACCUUUAGUGUGCGAUAAAGGUUCAGUAAUGCGCUUUUUAAAAAAUGCUUAGAAAAUGUUUACUGAUUUAGAUGGAUUUCAAUCGUGUGAAGAACGAAAUGAAAACACUACUAAUCCUAAUUGCCAAUGGUAUGAUAUGAAUUUGAGAAAACAGGAUGAAAGAAAUUUGCGAAUGAUACAAGUACACGCGCAAACGC